AUGGCGGACACAGCGAACAACCGCAUUUUGCUUAUUUCUUUGGGCCACAAAGAUUUCUUCGACGACAUGUUCGAAAGCCUACUGGCCAGGCUGUCGACUGGCGCGAAGUUAAAACGCGCCAAAACCAACAAGUCAGCCUUGCGCUUUCUCACAAACGAGCCGCCGCCCAGAGCAGUCAUUGUCACCGACCCGGCAUUGAUCAAGCAUGAAGCGUUGCUGGUCCGAAGCCAUGUCUUCAGAUACAUCCGCAACGGCGGCACAGGCAUCUUCAUGGGACACUUCGCGGCCAGCGUGAACCCGCCCGACCUCCAGAAUUUUUUCAAUCAGAUCGAUCUGCCCUGGGAGGCAGGUUCAUACAAGCGGCUUACGCAUAGGCUGACACACACGCUGAACCCUCAAGGCUGGGAACCUUCGCCUGGCGCCGUGGAGCUGCCUGCGCAGUACACUCAAAAGGCACUGUUCGUCAAGAACGUCAGACCAACACAUGCGUUGUAUCAGACGACACCGAAUUCACCGGCCGAGACGCAAGAUAUCGCCCCCGAGAUUCUUCAUAAUCCCAACGAGGCGGCUGUGGCUGUUGCUACAGUAGGAGAUGGAAUAGCUGCGUAUCUUGGAGACCUGAACGGCGAGCCAGAGAUGACUACCAUAACUCUGGCCCUGUGUGGGCUUUGA